ACAAAGCAUCUUCAGAUGACAUCAAUUGUGGAACUGAAUGGUAUAUCGUUGUGGUAUCAGUAGUGUCUGGGAUUAUCAUGGGACUUUUUCUUGCAUACAUUGUCUCAUGUUCUCGUCGUAAAUUUAGAAACAGGAAACCUCAGUCAAAUCCUGAAAAACAAACAACUGAAGUUGAUACAACUUAUCAAGAACUAGAUCUUUCGAAAAUGAACACAGAAGAAAAUUAUCAAUCGUUGAGUGUGAAUGCCGAAAGUAACGACGCUGCAAAUGAUCACGAUGAGGACUCUACUUACACUGAAUUGAGCAAAACCAGAGAUGUGGAGAACAACUACCAAUCUUUAACUUGA